UAGUCUUCAGUUUAGUUCAGAGGACUACGGGAAUUACAUUAAAAAUUGCAAAAUUGUAGAUUUGAAACUAUGCGUUGUCUCGUGGAAUAAGAAGAUUUUUUAAGACCAUAACUAAUGAACACUUUUUACUGAAAUUACUAAUUUUUUAAGAUUCAAUUUUAAGAAUUAACUCUUCUUAUUAUAGUUAAAAACUGUUUCCUUUUUUCUACUAUUGAUCACAGCAAAUAUUUUGUUUACAACCCGGAGAUUGACAUUUCAGAAGACUCCCUCGCCGUCGUCAUGUAAAAGUUGAAAUAGAAGCUCUUCCUGUUUUUAAAACUUUUUUCAUAAAAUGAAACUAUAUGACAAUAGAAAACAAAAAUAGGUGUCAAUCGUACUAAAACUUCCGACGCUGAAAACAAUAAGCUAUUUUUGAGACACAAUAUAAUAUUCUCUUAAAGGUUUUAAAACUCAGUAUAGAUUAGAAGACGCGCGUCUUUUAAUGCGACAACCUCUUUACAUCAUGCAAACGGUUCCUUCUUUGUGAGAAGCUCCCAUCUGUAUAAUUUAUUGUCAUACUCAGUGAUUCACACUCUGUUUCACAAAGUACUCAUCUCAUUUCAUACUCCUGUUGAAAAAAGUGUCUCUCUUUUCUAUUUACAAGGUCGUAAUAUCAAUCUUGGAUCACUCGGUUCAUUAUUAUCAGGAAGUAAUAUAUUAUCAACUCUCUCUGGAGCCACACAUGGAACUGAUUUGGGUACAGUGUUAUCAAUUUUAAACACAUUGAAUGCUGUUCAUCAAUUGGGUAAUGAUAUCCAUCACAUACCAGAUGCCAUUAAUCAAACUUUACAAGCCAUUUUAAAUGGUACCAGUCAAGCUGGAGUUGUUCUUCAACAAUUACUCAAUGGAGGUAUUACUAAACGAAGUAAUAUAUUAUCAACUCUCUCUGGAGCCACACAUGGAACUGAUUUGGGUACAGUGUUAUCAAUUUUAAACACAUUGAAUGCUGUUCAUCAAUUGGGUAAUGAUAUCCAUCACAUACCAGAUGCCAUUAAUCAAACUUUACAAGCCAUUUUAAACGGUACCAGUCAAGCUGGAGUUGUUCUUCAACAAUUACUCAAUGGAGGUCUAAAACCAUUAAGCGGAGGACAAGGUAAGUCACAAUAUGCUAUUAACUGCUCGUACACUCAUUUGAAGCAUAAAUCGCACAGUUGACCAUUAAACCAAAAAUAAAGCAAAGCUGAAACAGAUUUUUUUUGAUUGAUUUUCUGAAUACUUUUUGUUUGCUGAUCUCUUUCUUCCUGAUCCUGUGGUAAUAUUAUCUCUUAGCCCAACCACUUGUUCGAGGGGUAUUUUCAGUACACGAAAAUACGCUUCCGAUGAGCCUUCGCGAAGGACUCAUCCUCUGGGUAAGGGCCCAUUUUCGAGUACUCGCUACCCCUCGAACGACUUUUCGCGUCUGCAUGGGAGAUUCGUAACAGCUUUGUAGAUUCGAUCCACAGACCAUGAAAUAAGUAUAAAUAUGUUGUUUAUCUAUACCAAUGGUUUUAUGCUACAACCAGCUUUCAGAGCAAAUUUGCCGAAUAAUUAUUAGAAAUAUCUGCUCUCUCUGUAUGUGCGCAAAUUUUUUGCUGAUCAAUAAGCGAUACAACAGCCGAAAGAUCAUUGCUACUAUCUUUCGCCUAAUUGUAUCUUUUCAAAAUGUUGGUGAUAAUUUGAACUUGCUAGUUGAUCUAAUGAAAUGUUUAAUCCUGCAUCUUAUCGAC